UAGUUAUUUCAGUUGCCUAACAAUCUGACUCGGAACGCAAGCAGCCUCCCUGGCUCUCUCUCUCCUAGUAUAUUCACAACGACAGAGACGGAAAAAAGGAGGGGGGGGGGGGGAGAGAGAGAGAGAGACAAAAACAAAGAGAGAGAGAGAGAUAGAGAGAAAGGGUUUGUGUUGUAUUGAGAGAGAGAGAGAGAGAGAGAGAGAGAAAUUUAGAGAGUUUUAGAGGUUAGAGAGAGAUGGAGAGCAGCGCCGUCCUUGGAGGUCUUCAGCCAAAUUACCUUCUUUACCCCUCCCGCAACCCUUCUUCCUCUCUUCCCCUCCGCCCCUUCUCCUUCACUUCCCAUUCCUUUCCUCUCUCCUUAAAGCUUCAAAAGCAGCUUCCUUUGACUUCUCAUGGAGCCGCCGCCGCCGCAGCCGCCGCCUCUCCCAUUGGCGGAUAUACCACAUUGUCCGAUAGGUUCGUCAGUGAAACAAGUGAACUAGCGGACAUCGAUUGGGACAACCUUGGCUUUGCGUUUCUUUCUACCGACUACAUGUACGUCAUGAAAUGUGCUCAAGGUGGAAACUUUCCCAAAGGUGAAUUACAAAGUUUUGGGAACAUCGAAUUGAGCCCCUCAGCCGGAGUCUUGAAUUAUGGGCAGGGAUUGUUUGAAGGUUUGAAAGCCUACAGGAAAGAAGAUGGUACUAUACUCUUGUUUCGUCCUGAGGAAAAUGCAUUGCGGAUGAGGUUGGGUGCAGAGCGGAUGUGUAUGCCAUCACCAACUGUCAAACAGUUUGUUGAAGCUGUAAAGGCUACUGUUUUAGCAAAUAGACGCUGGGUUCCCCCUCCAGGCAAAGGUUCCCUAUAUAUCAGGCCAUUGCUAAUGGGAAGUGGUGCUGUUCUUGGUCUUGCACCUGCUCCGGAGUACACAUUUCUUAUUUAUGUUUCACCCGUUGGAAACUAUUUUAAGGAAGGUGUUGCACCCAUAAAUUUGAUUGUCGAACAUGAAUUGCAUCGUGCAACUCCUGGUGGUACUGGAGGGGUCAAGACUAUAGGGAAUUAUGCCGCUGUUUUGAAGGCACAGUCUGCCGCAAAAGCGAAAGGCUAUUCUGAUGUUUUGUACCUCGACUGUGUUCACAAAAAAUAUCUGGAGGAGGUUUCCUCGUGCAAUAUUUUUGUUGUCAAGGAUAAUGUUAUCUCUACGGCAAUAAAAGGGACAAUCUUACCUGGCAUUACUCGAAAGAGUAUAAUUGAUGUUGCUCGUAGCGAAGGAUUCCAGGUUGAGGAGCGCCAAGUGGCAGUGGAUGAAUUACUUGAUGCCGAUGAAGUCUUUUGCACCGGAACAGCUGUGGUUGUAUCACCUGUUGGCAGCAUAACGUAUCUUGGCAAAAAGGUUUCUUAUGGAGAAGGUGGUUUUGGAGUCGUGUCGGAAAAGCUCUACUCUGUGCUUACCAGAUUACAAAUGGGUCUUUCAGAGGACAAGAUGGAUUGGACUGUUGAGCUAGGGUAAAGCAUACUAAAGUGAAAACUCUACUUAGCCACCCUGUUGAAGGUGCUGCAAACCACCGUUAAUCGUAUGCAGUGGCGGAUUCAGGAUUUUAAAUUUGGGGGGUCCCAUUAAUUUUGGUACUUAAAUCUUGUUUAGCUUUGUUGUUUUCUUAUUCCCUAAGUUUGUAGAUAGUAGGUUCUUGAACUGGUAUUUGGCACUUUCGGCAGAAUUUCUCAUGUGUAUCACUGGCCUCAAUAUCUAUGUUUGUGUUUUUUUAUCGUGUGCUGGCGAAUUCAGCCCCGAAAGAUAAUAAACUGCCACAUUAUGGUAAGUCUAGAUUUCUACAUGGAAA